UAAUGAAUUCUCAUCUAGUAAUUUCAAUCGUGUUCUUAGUUUGCCAUUCAAUAGUGCAUUGUAUAUUUUAGAUUUAAGUAACAUAUUACAAAUUGUUAUAAUAACAAUUAAAUCAAGAUUAAAACAGACUUUAGAAAAAUGUCUAGGCGUCCGGAACAUUUAGCACCUCCUGAAGUGUUUUACAAUGAAGACGAAGCACGAAAAUAUACACAAAGUUCACGUAUUAUGGAUAUUCAAGUGCAAAUGUGUGAACGAGCUGUUGAGUUAUUAUUAUUGUCAGAAGAUGCACCAGCAUUAUUAUUAGAUAUUGGUUGUGGCUCAGGACUUAGUGGGAGUGUACUAGAGGAUGAAGGACAUACCUGGAUUGGAAUCGACAUUUCUUCUGCUAUGCUUAACGUUGCUCAAGAAAGAGAAACAGAUGGAGAUUUAAUUUUGGGAGACAUGGGUCAAGGCAUGCCAUUUAGAGCAGGAAGUUUUGAUGGCGCAGUGAGUAUCUCUGCAUUACAAUGGUUAUGUAAUGCAGAUAAAGCUACUCACAAUCCUAGCAAAAGACUAUAUCGAUUUUUCUCUACACUUUAUUCUUGUCUUACAAGAUCUGCAAGAGCAGUUCUUCAAUUUUAUCCGGAGAAUAAUCAACAAAUUGAAUUAGUAAUGAUACAAGCUACAAAAGCUGGAUUUUUUGGUGGUAUGGUCGUUGAUUUCCCUAACAGUACAAAAGCAAAAAAGUUCUUUUUAGUUCUAAUGACAGGAGGACCAGCUGCGCUUCCACAAGCUUUAGGUACAAAUGAAGGAAAUUCGAAUAUUACUUAUACAUCGAAAAGAGAACAUAUCAAGAAAGCAAGAGGUAAACCUUUAAAAAAAAGCAGAGAUUGGAUUGCGGAAAAAAAGGAAAGACGUAGAAAACAAGGCAAAAUAGUUUGUGCAGAUUCUAAGUAUACUGGCAGAAGAAGAAGUGGUCGUCUUUGAUGAACAAGUUUUUUCGAAUAAUACCAUUGUUCUGUGAUAAAAACUGCUCAAACGUAUAUUUGCAAUAAUAAUAAUAAAUCAUCAGAAUGUACAUAUACAUUGCAGAAUGAGUGUUGUGUAUGUACAUAUUUAAAAAAAUAUCUCAUCACGUUGAUGUGAAAUAAUGUACAAAAAAUUAUAAUAAUAAAUCAAUUCUUUUCAA